GCCAACAAGCGCCACCUCCAUUGCCCACCACCACCCCCCAAUCACCGUGUCCCUCAAACCACGCUGUGGAGAAAGGUGGAUGAACCAGCAAAGGAAUGACAGAGAAAAGAAGGAGAGGAACGACUGCCUCUCCUUCAAUGGACGCCCCUGCUCCACAUUAGCAGCAUUUGAUCGUUAGCGGAAGAAACAGAGAAGACACAGAGGAAAGAGAAAGAAGAAGAAGAGGAGGAGGAGGAGGAAGCGGGUGAACAUAAUCGCGCUUUUUUGAGAAAGCGAAAGAGAGAUGGGCGUCCUCUCUCCGACCACCCCAUCAUCCACGACGAUGGUGGUGGUCGUGGUGCAGGUGCUCCUCCAUCUCUGCUUCAUCAUCAUCCCAUCGUCGGCCCAACCACCAGCCAUCCCUUCCUUCGUCCCCGCCGACGACUACCGCAUCGACUGCGGCUCCCCCACCGCCACCACCCUCCAGGACGGCCGCGUCUUCCGCUCCGACACUGAAUCCGCCUCCUUCCUCUCUGCCAAGGGCCACAUUCUGGUGAAGGGACCCUCGUCGCCGGCGGCCCCUUCUUCUCUCUACCUCACGGCUCGGAUCUUCGUGGAGCAGGCCACGUUCACGUUCCCUGUGGCCAGGCACGGCUGGCAUUGGGUCCGCCUCCAUUUCUUCCCCGUCGACAACAGCGAGUUUGAUCUCACGGCAGCCGUCUUCUCCGUCACCACCCCCGACAUCGUCCUUCUCCACUCCUUCAACCUCGCUAACUCCUCCUCGUGGGAGCUCCGCGAGUACCUCGUCAACGCCACCGGCGACCGCUUCUCUCUCACCUUCUCCCCCCUCCGCAACUCCGUCGCCUUCAUCAACGCCGUCGAGUUCGUCUCCGCCCCUAACGCGCUCGUCCCGGAUACCGCCUCCACGUUGGCCCCCGUCAACAGCUUCGCCUUGCCGGCCGGCACCGCCCUUGAGACCGCCUACCGGCUCAACGUUGGUGGACCCUACAUCUCUCCGGGGAAUGACACGCUGGGACGUUUCUGGGCCGGAGACGACCGACGGUACCUGUUGGUCCGGCCCGCGGCACGAAGCGUUAUGGUGCAGCCGACCGCCGUGGCCUUCAACGAGCAGGACGGUGGGGUGUCGCCGCUGAUCGCGCCGGCCUGGGUGUACGCGACGGCCAACGAGAUGGGCCCGUCGAGGCACCGCAACCCCAAAUUCAACAUAACAUGGGAGUUCAACGUCGAGCGGGCCUUCGGCUACCUGGUGCGCCUCCAUUUCUGCGACAUCGUGAGCAAAAGCCUUAACGAUCUCUACUUCAACGUCUACCUCAACCACCGCAUGGCUGCCUCCGGCGUCGACCUCUCGACGCUCACUGGCGAGCUCGCGGCGCCUUACUACCGCGACUUCGUCCUCAACGCGUCCGUGGCUGGAGACAACAUCAUCGUGCAGGUCGGCCCCGUGAACGACGUGUCCCCCUCGAGCGCCAACGCCAUCCUCAACGGCGUGGAGGUCAUGAAGCUCAGCAACUCCGUGGGGAGCCUCGACGGCGAGUUCUCCGUCGCCGGCUUGAGGCUGCAGGCCGACGGCGUGUCCUCCGGGCGCAGCGGCGUCGUCGCGGGUUUGGGCCUGGUCCUGGCGCUAGGGGGGUUCGUGGGUCUGACAAUGAUGGUCAUGAAGUGGCAGCAGCGGCCUAGAGACUGGGAGAAGAGGAACAGCUUCUCGUCGUGGUUGCUCCCGCUGCAGACAGGUCACUCCAGCUUCUUAACGAGCAAAGGGGGCGGGUCGCAAUUCGGCUCGCAAAAGACCAGUUUCUUCUACUCGUCGACGCUUGGGCUUGGCAGGUACUUCACCCUCGCCGAGCUACAAGCGGCCACCAAGAACUUCGACCAGAAGGCCAUCAUCGGCGUCGGAGGGUUCGGUAAUGUCUACCUAGGCGACCUGGACGAUGGCACCCGGGUCGCCGUCAAGAGGGGGAACCCGCAGUCGGAGCAAGGGGUGACGGAGUUCCAGACGGAGAUACAGAUGCUCUCGAAGCUCCGGCACCGGCACCUCGUCUCCCUUAUCGGCUACUGCGACGAGAACUCGGAGAUGAUACUGGUGUACGAGUACAUGUCGAACGGGCCGCUGAGGGACCAUCUGUACGGGAAGAACCUCUCGCCGCUGUCGUGGAAAAAGAGGCUGGAGGUGUGCAUCGGCGCCGCGAGGGGGCUGCACUACCUGCACACCGGCGCGGCUCAGGGAAUCAUUCACAGGGACGUGAAGACGACCAACAUCCUGCUGGACGAGAAUCUAGUGGCAAAGAUGGCCGAUUUCGGGCUGUCGAAGGCCGCGCCCUCCAUGGAGCAUACCCACGUGAGCACGGCCGUGAAGGGCAGCUUCGGCUACCUCGACCCCGAGUACUUCAGGCGGCAGCAGCUGACGGACAAGUCAGACGUCUACUCCUUCGGGGUGGUGCUCUUCGAGGUGCUCUGCGCUAGACCAGCCAUCAACCCGGCGCUGCCGAGGGAGCAGGUCAACCUCGCCGAAUGGGCAAUGCAGUGGAAAAGGAAGGGCCUGCUGGAGAAGAUCAUCGACCCACACCUCGUUGGUUCCAUCGCUCCUGCCUCGCUCAAUAAGUUCGCAGAGGCUGCCGAGAAGUGCUUGGCGGAGUAUGGCGUGGAUCGGCCGUCCAUGGGAGACGUACUCUGGAACUUGGAGCAUGCCUUGCAACUGCAGGAGGCAUUUGCUGCUUCUGCUGAUGCUUCAUUUUCUACCUCGAGUGAAGCUAAACAGGAGGAUGAUAAUCCUGCCGUCCCGCCUCCCGGCCAGGAGAGUUCCGCUUCAGUUCCCAUCGAUGACCAGGGGUACUCAGAGACCGAUAAUUCCCGGACCGCGUUGUUUCCCCAGAUGGGCAUGCAAGGAAGAUAAAGAUGCUGUAAUUUGUUUAUCUACUUUUCUAAUUCUCCCUCGUUUCGACGACUGGUUCUUUGAUUUUUCUUCUAUCGUGUGGCUUAAUUUGUACUAUUUUCUUCGUGUUUCUUUACGAGAGUCGUUUUCAUUCAAGGCACGGCAGAGAAAGGAAGUUCUGUAAUUUGAUUGGGAUCUCAGGUUAUAAGUCGAACAUGAUAUGUAGUUCUACCUUUGUUAGGGUGUUGCAAGUAAUUGAGAAACAAUAGCUCCAACGAA